UCUACUUGCUUUGUCUGGACGCUUUUUGGCAGGAGGUGUUGAACACAGCAACAACUCUAAAGUAACCUUCCAUUCUACCCUCUUUUCGGGAAUAAACAAAAAAUAUUCCACACUGUAUUUAUAUAAACCCGAAAAUAAACCCAGCACUGAAUAUUUAAGUAAGGUUCCUGCUGCUGAAGUGUCCCAACGUACUUAUUUUACUCGAUAUCUACGUUUUCAAGGAGUAUAUUCGGACAAAAAUACGAGAAUGAUGGCGUGGCAGUAGAAGUGGUGUUCUAGUUGUGUGUGAGCCGGUGGACGGCUCUGGGUCUGGUGUGAGAGGGUCGGAGUGAGGAGGAGUUUGUGGAGAUGAAGGUGAGACAGAAGAACUCGGUGUGUAUCCUCUCCAGUCGAGAGCGAGGACCGCGAGGCCUUUCCUCACACAGGAUCCUACAGCAGCUUGUGGAGGAGAAGACACAGCGCAUGAAAUGGCAAAGCCAGAAAGUGGAGUUACCAGACAGCCCCCGCUCAACCUUUCUUCUGGCCUUCAGUCCUGAUAGGUCUUUAAUGGCCUCGACCCAUGUGAACCACAACAUCUACAUCACAGAGGUUAAGACAGGAAAGUGUGUUCACUCUCUAGUGGGUCACCGCCGGACACCCUGGUGCCUGACCUUUCACCCUAGCAUCCCUGGCCUUAUUGCUUCUGGCUGCCUGGAUGGAGAGGUUCGAAUCUGGGACCUGCAUGGAGGCAGUGAGAGCUGGCUUACAGAGAGUAACUCAGCAAUUGCAUCCCUUGCUUUCCAUCCCACUGCUCAGCUGCUGCUCAUUGCCUCCAACAAUGAGCUGCAUCUGUGGGACUGGAGUCGGAAGGAGCCCUUCACUGUGGUGAAGACUGCUAGCGAGACAGAGAGAGUCAGGUUGGUGAGAUUUGAUCCAUUGGGUCACUAUAUUCUAACUGCCAUUGUAAACCCUUCAAACCAACAGAAUGAUGAUGAUCCUGAGAUACCAAUGGACAGUGUAGAGAUGCCUCAUCUCCGUCAGCGCUUUUUCCUCCAGUCCCAGCCUGUAAGACGCACACCCAUCUUGCACAAUUUUUUGCACAUCCUCACUUCCCGUAACUCCGUCCCUCAGUCUGGAGGCACUUUCGCUGCUUCCAGUGAUGAAGCCUCUGAUUCGUCUGGGCGCUACACUGUUUUGAGGAAUCGAUCCCGGCUGCCAUACCAUGGUUGCGUUCAGCCACUUGGAAUAGUGUGUUUCUGUAGCCGUUGCUCAUCAACACAGGUUUCGUCUCCACCUGACGAGGACCCCUCCGACUCUGCCUCCUUGGAGGGACAAUCACAUGCAUCUACCUUUUCUUCUGCACGCACAGAGCCACGAAUACCACGGUUUCCUAUUGAAUCUCAUGCUUCAAAUCGGCCCUCAGAAUUUAGCUCCGUGUAUGGUGGCGGGAGCAACGGGCGUAACAUAUCUUCUAGCUCUGGGAGGAGGGGAGUGGCUGGAAUGGCACCCAUCCCACCUUUCCGGCAGCAACCACCAGGCAGAGAAGAUGGAGGCCGUCUCCCUGGGGCAGAUUGGAUAGGCUGUGUGCUUAAUGGACGAGGUAGUAGUAUGACUCCACCCAGAACCAGCGCUUCCUCUUCUGUCCUGCGACAGCAAGGGACUUCUACCCAGUCACCUGUUUACACCUCAGCUAGUGGUGGAUGGGGCCUUUCUCAUAGCAGCAGCAGCACAUCAGGGACUAGUUCUAGCAGGCAGCGCCCACCAGAGGAAGCGGGACACAGCAGCCCUUCUUUCAUCCGCAAUGUUCUUCAGUGUAACCUUAACCACUAUUUCAUGGAGUGUGAGGGAAUGCAGGACCUGGUACCGCCUCAAGAGGGCAACAGGCAGGACCAGCAGACUCAGGAAAUGCUGAAUAACAACAUGGACCCAGAGCAACCAGGUCCAUCUCAUCACCAGCCACUCUACGGUGGCGAAAACCCUUCACGCAGUCACAUGAACCGCUGUAGAGUCUGCCACAACCUUUUCACCUACAAUCAGGGUACUAGGCGCUGGGAGAGAACAGGUCAGCCGACAUCUGCUGAGAGAAAUGCAGCUUGGCAACCUACUAGUCCUGCCCUCCACAGUGUAGCCCCAGUCUCUCACACUGAUCAUGACCUACUUGAACGCAGACCCAUGGAGCCCAGCCCAGACGCCCCAGAGCCUCAUGUUCCCUUUUCCCACAGCACAGCUGCUGGUCAGCAGGAGGAGCAGACCAUUGGGCUGGUCUUCAACCAGGAAACUGGGCAACUAGAGCAUGUUUACAGGCAGUCUGCCACCUCUCACUCAACAAAUGUAUCACAAGAAGCCUUAAACCAGGAAAUGCCUGAAGACACACCAGAUGACGAUUACUUACGCAGGAGGCUGCUGGAGUCGUCCAUGAUGUCUCUUUCCAGAUAUGACGUCUCUGGAUCGCAAGACCACCCCAUCUAUCCCGAUCCAGCCAGGUUGUCCCCUGCAGCAUAUUACGCACAACGUAUGAUCCAGUAUCUGUCUCGGCGUGACAGCGUUCGCCAGCGCUCUCUGCGCCCCCCCAGCAGACCCCGACCCCUGUCCUCCAAUCCCAGCAGCCUCUCCCCUGGCCCUGCCCCCAGCAUGGACAACAACGAAGUUGACUUCGAGGAGUUUGAGGACAAUGGAAGCAGACAUAGGGCUCCUCGUAACGCACGCAUGUCUGCCCCCUCCCUUGGUCGCUUUGUGCCCAGACGGUUCCUCUUGCCGGAGUUUUUGCCGUAUGCUGGAAUCUUCCAUGAGCGAGGGCAGCCGGGCCUGGCUACACACUCAUCCGUCAAUAGGGUCCUCGCAGGUGCUGUUAUUGGGGAUGGUCAAUCUGCAGUGGCCAGCAACAUAGCUAACACAACGUAUCGUCUGCAGUGGUGGGACUUCACCAAAUUCGACUUGCCCGAGAUCAGUAAUGCAUCGGUUAAUGUGUUGGUGCCCAACUGUAAGAUCUACAAUGACGCGAGCUGUGAUAUCUCAGCGGACGGGCAGCUGCUAGCUGUAUUCAUUCCCAGCAGUCAGAGGGGUUUCCCUGAUGAGGGCAUCUUGGCUGUGUACUCCCUGGCCCCACACAACCUGGGAGAGAUGCUCUAUUCCAAGAGAUUUGGUCCAAAUGCCAUCUCUGUCAGUUUGUCUCCGAUGGGUCGUUACGUGAUGGUGGGUCUGGCAUCUCGCCGCAUCUUGCUACAUCAGAUCACUGAUCACAUGGUGGCACAGGUUUUCAGACUGCAGCAGCCCCACGGAGGAGAGACAUCCAUGAGGAGGGUGUUUGAUGUGGUGUAUCCAAUGGCCCCAGACCAGCGGAGACACAUCAGUAUAAAUUCUGCCCGUUGGCUGCCAGAACCGGGGCUUGGGCUUGCUUAUGGAACCAACAAAGGAGAUCUGGUCAUCUGCAGACCUGUGGACAUACACUCAGAUGGCAAUGGCACUUCUGAACACUCUGAGAGAAUGUUCACCAUCAAUAAUGGUGGAGGGGUUGGAAACAGUAGCAGCAGGGGUGGAGACAGAGCAAGGAACAGCAGGACUGAUUGGAGGUCCCGCAGAGAGAUGGGUCUGAUGAAUGUGAUUGGUCUACAGCCACGACAUCUUGCCCCCACUGUUACAUCACAGGGGACGCAGACACAGACUCUGCAGCUACAGAAUGCAGAGACACAAACAGACCAUGAACUUCCAGACGAACUUCAGCAGCCCAGCACUUCUCAGGGGUCACAGGUUACUGAUGCCACAGACACUCUGGAUUUAGAGAUUCUCCCAGAGGAUUCUGCAUCUGAGGUGAUACUAGAGACACCCCCCCACAGUCGACCUCAGGAAGAUGAAGGGUCAGAUCUCACUGAACCCAGCACAGGCCAGACUGAGUAUGUUUCUCAUAUCCAAAGACUAAUGGGUGAAGGAGGGAUGACAGCGGUUGUCCAGCGUGAGCAGAGCACCACAAUUGCUUCCAUGGGCAGCUUUGGCAACAACAUCAUCGUCAGCCACCAUAUCCACCGUGGCUCCCAGACAGGAGCGGAUGCACAAAGCCGUACUGGUUUGAGCCCCACCCCUGGGCCCUCUUCUAGAGCCCAUGAGACUUUGGCUGGAGCUGCAGGUUCAUAUUCCCAUGUCCUCACCAGCACACUGGGGCUUCAUACAGAGACAGUUCAGAGCACUUCUACAGAUAUAGACCUAGCCCCCCUCGAAGAACAGGAGAGACUCCACACGUCCCUCCUUUCAUGGGAGUUUACACCUCUUUUCUCAUCUGCUCAAGACACAAAUGGACCUUCUGCUUCCAUGGAAACAGACAAUGUCUUGGAGGGGGAUGAGCUCCAAGACUUUGAAUCCCCCCCUCCAUCUUUACUCUCAUCUUCACCCUCUCUUUCUCCAGUGAAUAACAGUACCUACAGCAACAGCGACAGUAGUUACCACGGAGAAGAGUAUGGGCGGUGAAAGGGGCGGAGUUUGGAGAGGAUUCAUAAUUUGAAACCAAAUGAGACGAGAAAAGACCGUUUAAACUCUUCAAUGAAUUUAGACCAUUCCACAUUGUACUUUAAUCAGCCUUGCUGAAGUUUCAGGGGUCUCUGACUGUUCAAAAUAGAGCCAUGUACAGAAUAAGGUGUGUGAAUAGCAGAAAGACAGAGCAUCACAUUGCAGUCUCUAAUCUGUAGAGGAAUAUCAGUUCAACUAAACACUUUGCUCCUCUACAUCUGCCUUCAAAUGUAACAUGUAAAAUGUAACAGAUGCUGCUGCUUUGAGCAGAAACUUAAUGUUUCCUCAAACAGUCCAAUAGUUACAAAGCCUAGUCACAUUCUGCAAGACUUGGCUUUGUUACUGUUGGUUAGUUUAAAAGUCAUUGCUGUUGAAGGAAGGACUACAGGUAUUUUUAGAUCAUGACUAGUGCAUUUUAGUUCAGGUUUUUUAUAAAGUAAAAAAUACCACACCCUGUUAUUUUUAGGCCUUUGGAAAGAAGAUAAUAGAGAAUCAAGAAAGAAGACAGAAUUGUAUACAAGUUUUAUAUUUUGUAUAGUUAAUUAUGUGGCAUUAAAGGGAUGGCUCACCCAAAAAUGAAUUUUCUGUCAUCAUUUACGCACUCUCAUGUCGUUCCAAACCUGUAUGACUUUCUUUUGUGAAACACAAAAUAAGGAAUUCUGAGAAAUGCCUCAUUUUUGUUUUUUAAUUUUUUGUUUUUAAAACAAUGGAAGUCAGUGGUCGCCAAUGUAUGUCAGAAUGUAUGUAGUCAGUUGUCAUAUCUCUGUUUAAUUGCCAAAAUUCUUCAAACUAUUUUCAGAAAGUCAUACAAUUUGGAAUGACAUGAGAGUGAGUAAAUGAUGACAGAAUUUAAAUUUUUGGGUGAUGUCUGGCUGCUUCCUCAUCAUCAGCUGUCUUCCAUGUGGUCAAGUCAGUCUCCUUUUCACAAAAACACCUAAAUAUUUAUGCUUUGCCCCGAAUGAAAAUCAGAAAGACUUAAAAAGGGUCUUCCCUUCCCUGUGUACAGUAAAAUGCUUCUCAGCACAAUGUGGUAAACGUCAGAGCCUCAAAAGGGAAGGGGUGAAGUCUGACAGGUGUGUGUGUAUUUGAGAGAAAUGCUAUCCCAGUUCUGUCAGCUGCUGUAGAUUUUCAAAGCCUAUUGAAAGUUAGGCAGGCACCUGACAACAAUUGUGUUGCAUCCUUCCCUUUUAUUUCUUAUGUAGUGCUCUGGUUCCUAUCUGCUCUCUCAGAAAACAUUUCUGAGGUGUUGUGUGUGUGUUCAGAGAGCUUGUCCUCUGAACCUGCCUGAAGUCUACCAUUGGCCUGUUGUUAUGCCUUUUGAAUUUGAGAAUUUACAGCACAUUUUGUCAUCUCGUCCACUAACCACUUAAUAACCAAUCACAAUGUCUAAUCUGCUUAAGUGUACCUUAUAGGGAGUUUCUUCAUGAUGGGUUUUUCAGUUUUGUAAUGCUGACCAGUGGUCUGGUACACAUAAGUGCUACAGUACUGCAUAGGGAAGGCGGAUAUUUAGAUUAAUGUUUGUAAGUGAAUGUAUAUGUGAGAUUUUUUUUUUAUUAUUCACAGGCUUAAUGCAUUAUGUUCUGCAUUAAUAUGGAGAGGCUGCCUCUGCUUCUUUUGGCAAACCACUUUAGCUUGAAAAUGAAUGUCUGGCGGUGUCUCCUGAAUCAAGUCAGAGCACAACCCGCUGCUUUGGGAAACAGUGUAACCUCUGCUUUAGAGCUUUUAGAGCUCAGCUCAGUGGCCUCCUACAGUAAAAACAUAAUUUUAAUGCUUUUUCUACUCCUGAAGAAAAAUUACAGCUCUUCUGAUGGAUUAUGUACUUAUCAUUAAAAAAGUGACUAUUUUUGUCCUUUUUUUGUUUGUUUUUCU